CCCGCCCACCCUCGCUCCCCUGCAGAUGGUGGGCCAGUCUCUGCUGCUCCUUUGCCUCACCGGGGCCCUCGCCAUCCUGCCUGCCUUUAGCAGAGACAAGAAAAACACCACCUCAGGAUCAGCAGCAGAGCAGCGGGACAGGUGCCCGCUCAGGUGUGUCUGCACCUCGGAAGCAACAGUGGACUGCAGUGGGGUGGACCUCAGCACCUUCCCGAGGAACCUAUCAGCAGAUACCCAGCACCUGGCCCUGCAGAACAACCGGCUGGAAGAUAUUCCCGUCGAGCACUUGUCCCGGCUCACCAAACUGAGGACCCUCAGCUUGCACAACAACAGGAUCCUGUCCCAAGGCUUACCCGAUAAAGCGUUCACAUCUCUCCAACAGCUGGAGUACCUGUACUUGGCAAACAACAAGCUGACAGUAACCCCCAGGCAGCUGCCCAACACCCUGAGCAUCGCUGACUUUGCUGGCAACCACCUCACAGAGAUCUUCGCUCUCACCUUCGGGCACAAGCCGAAACUCAGGUCUGUGUAUCUCCACAACAAUAAUCUGACCAAUGCUGGCCUCCCCAAGGCCAUGUUCAGUGGCUCGGACAUGGUCAAUAUUUUAAUCCUAUCCAACAAUAAUCUGACCCGGGUUCCUGAGAUUCUGCCAUCUCAGCUUAUCCAGCUGCAUUUACAG